AUGGAUGUUAAAAUUAAUGAAGAAGAAAUUAAACACAUGAAGAAAAAGAGUAAAAUUGGUGAUGGCAUAAGAGGAACAUUUGUGAAAAUAAAUAAAAAAGUGGCAGAAGUAUCAAUUAGAUUUAGUUCAAGUGUGAACAAGAUGAGUAUUAAAUAUAUAAGGAAAGAGGCCUUACCUAGAAAUAUAUCAAUGAGAAUGACUAAAAAUAGUCAGUGCUAUUAUACAAUUAAGUCAGGCCUUAAAAAAGCAAUAUUCAUGAUAGAGGAUCAACUUGCAAAAGGUAUAAAGGUAGUUAACAAAUAUAAUAAUAGAAUAGAACAUGAUUUAGUGGAUAUUAGGUAUAUCAAAGAUGAAUUGAUGAAAAGUAAUGAUAUCGAUAGUAAGAAGAAAAAUAAUAUCAUUAAUAAGUUGAAUAAAAGGAUGUCAAUUCAAAUGAAAGACAUAGAUUCUAAGAACCUACCAGUAAAGCCCAAUAGUAACAAGGAUGAAUCGAAUGAAUCAAAAGCUAUUAGAGCUGAUGAUGAAAAGAAUAAACAUAAAAUAUUCAUUCCUUUUGGAUUUGAAAAGAAUGAACAUUGUGCAUUCAUUUAUCUGAAAUCUGCAAAGUUAGAUGAUACAAAUAAAAAUAAUAUUAAAAAGGAUAUGUAUGAAGCAUUCAUUGGUCAUAAAGAAGGUGAAGCUGCAGAUAGUAGAGUGAAUAAACCUGAAAAUUACCAACAUGGGAUUAAAAAUGAAAAGGAUAGCAAAAGGUAUCUGUUCAUUGCCAAAGCUUGGAGAAAUGAGUUAUAG